AUGACUGAAGCUGAUGGAGAUGGAAGUGAGCAGUUCAUGGCACCGAGAGGUCGUGACGGCUUUGCAACGAAUGUACACGAUUUGUGCAGCAACAAGAAGAAAAAGGAUUGGCAAACUUUCGUGUUGAAUCUUCGCCUGCAGGAGUUCGACGCUCGACGUCAGAUGCAACUGGAAGAUAUCGACAUUAAGGAACCGACACUUGCUGCAAUAUCGACCGUUUCAAAGAAGUCCAAGCUGACCGAAUGGCUGGAGAAGUUUGAUGCGCAGCAUCGGGUUAUGGCAGAGCAAAAGGAGACAAGAGUUCCCGAAUCUCGGGAGCCUCAUGUGUCACAGUUGGCUGCAUGGUUGGCAUGUUUUGAGGCCAAGCAGCAGCAUAAUUCAUUGACAGUGCCAUCACACACCACUUACUUGUUCUACAAGCAUGAGUCAGUGAUGAUCCACUACGUUUAG